GAGCCAGCGGAGGGGCGGGAACGGUGCCCCGGCAGCUGGGCCAGCUGUGCCUCCUGUGUGCGGCGCCGGCGGCCCUGAGCGGAGCCAUGAGCUGGACCUGCCCGCGUUGCCAGCAGCCCGUGUUCUUCGGUGAGGCCCCGGCUGAGGAGGGGGAGAAGAUGGGGCGAGUGUGAACCGCCGGGUUCCGUGAGGACGCAGGAACUGGCGACGGUGUGGUCCCAGACCGUUUUCCACCUGUGGGGCGCUUGGCACUCGAGCGGGAUGGAGCUGGCCUCCCGGAGACACUCCCCAUCGUCUCUAGGAAGCAGGGCGGGAGGGGCUGAGGGGGAAAAGGAGGGCGCCCGCUGCUGCGCGUGGCUCCCCGCAGCCCGGUUCCUCCUGUCCCCCACAGCAGAGAAAGUGAGCUCCCUGGGCAAGAACUGGCACCGCUUCUGCCUGAAAUGUGAGCGCUGCCACAGCGUCCUGUCCCCAGGAGGGCACGCAGAGCACAAUGGGAGGCCGUAUUGCCACAAGCCAUGUUAUGGGACUCUCUUCGGACCCAGGGGGGUGAACAUUGGCGGUGUGGGCUCCUACCUCUACAACUCCCCCACACCCACCCCUGCCAGCACCACUCCUCUCAGCCCCAGCAGCUUCAGCCCCCCGAGGCCCAGGACUGGCCUCCCCCAGGGCAAGAAAAGCCCUCCCCACAUGAAGACCUUCACUGGGGAGACCUCACUGUGCCCUGGCUGUGAGGAACCUGUCUAUUUUGCCGAGAAGGUGAUGUCUUUGGGCAGAAAUUGGCACCGACCCUGUCUGAGGUGCCAGCGCUGCCGGAAGACCCUGACUGCUGGGAGUCAUGCAGAGCAUGAUGGCGUCCCCUACUGCCACAUUCCCUGCUACGGCUACCUGUUUGGCCCCAAAGGUGUGAACAUUGGUGAUGUGGGCUGCUACAUCUAUGAUCCCGUGGAGAUAAAAUCCAAAUGAGAUGCUCACAGGAGAUGUCCCCCAACUCAGGCCUCCCACCCUCCCCUCCAUGGUCCAAUGAGAGCUACAGAAUUCUCCGGUCCCAUGGGGGUGGGAGAAGGUGGGGUUCUGGUGGCCUGGGCCUGGGUUCCAUCGUAGAGCAGGGAGUCUAGACUUUCUCGACUCCUCCCUUUCCCAUUUCUAUCUGGUCAGGGGACAUAGCCGACCCCAUUUUGAAGGGUGGCCUCCUGGCCUUCCCAAUCCCUUUCCCCAGCAAAUUCUCUAACUUCAAGGUACUCAUAAAACUUGUGUUUAUUCUGGCUUCUUCAAUAAAAU